GCACAGACUUCGGCAGUCGACUUCACUGACUCCUAUGAACCAGUCCAGGAUGGCAGAGCUAGGAGUGUUUGCUGCAAGGCGACAAGAAGAUACAACCAGAGAAUCAGGCUUCGCCUACACCAACAGCAAUCAUACCAAAGAUCCUUUUGAGGGCCCCAACUACCACAUCGCUCCAAGAUGGGUGUACAAUAUCUCAACACUUUGGAUGCUCUUUGUGGUCGUGGCCUCAACCUUCACCAACGGCCUGGUACUGGUGGCCACUGCCAAAUUCAAGAAGCUCCAACAUCCUCUCAACUGGAUCCUGGUCAACCUGGCGUUUGCUGACAUUGCGGAGACUCUGUUGGCUAGCACCAUCAGCGUUUGCAACCAGAUGUUCGGCUACUUUAUUCUYGGACACCCGAUGUGUGUCUUUGAGGGAUUCACCGUCGCCACGUGUGGUAUUGCUGGUCUGUGGUCUCUGGCUGUUAUCUCCUGGGAGAGAUGGGUGGUGGUGUGUAAGCCCUUUGGAAAUGUCAAGUUUGAUGCUAAAUGGGCCAUGGGGGGUAUUAUCUUCUCCUGGGUCUGGUCUGCUUUCUGGUGCGCCCCUCCUAUCUUCGGCUGGAGCAGGUACUGGCCUCAUGGAUUGAAGACUUCCUGUGGACCUGAUGUGUUCGGAGGCAACGAGGAUCCUGGAGUCCUGUCAUACAUGAUCGUUCUGAUGAUUACAUGUUGCUUCCUGCCCCUGGGAGUGAUCGUCUUCUGUUACCUGUUCGUGUGGCUGUGCAUCAUGCAGCUCUUUGGCAAGGAAGUAGACGAUGGCUCGGAGGUGUCUACAUCAAAAACAGAGGUUUCCACCGUGGCACCGGCAUAAAACCCCCCAGACAACGUUGUACCUCUUGGAAACUAAUCACGAACGUUCUGAGAUAUUCCACACGGGACUUUUUCAAAUGUACAGUUCAUCCUCUUUUGUUUCUGAAACACAUUUUCAGGAGAAAAUGAAGCUUUACGUCAUACAGUUGUAAUGUGUUUAAAAACAUUACCAACCAAACUGAAAUGGCUAUGAAUCACCUCAAAGGAGUUUUUAUAUUCCAUGGUCUUCAAAAUAACUGAAAUGGCUAUGAAUCACCUCAAAGGAGUUUUUAUAUUCCAUGGUCUUCAAAAUAACUGAAAUGGUUAUGAAUCACCUCAAGGGGUUUUUAUAUUCCAUGGUCUUCAAAAUAACUGAAAUUGCUAUGAAUCACCUCAAGGAGUUUUUAUAUUCCAUGGUCUUCAAAAUAACCAGAGAGUCGUGUGGCAA